UUCGACAAUAGGAUACAACUCAUAUUUAACAUUGAAGGAUGCAGUUUUUAAAGGCACUUUACCUUGUUGUGACAUUUUCGUGUCAAACCUCGGGACAAUGCGUAUUUCCAUGCAGUUAUCAGAAUCGAACGUACAGAUAUGUGGCGACAGGGACUAACACAACGUACGAACAAGCAGUUUUCAGUCCACCUGGGAAUUUAACAAAAGUGAUUACAUAUAUAAAUGGCAUUGAACCUUUAUAUAUCGAGUGUGUACACAGGAGCGGACCAUUUAAUGUUAUAAGGUACUACAAUGGAACCGAUUGGUUAUACAGAUGUAAUAAAGACACUUCUGACGGGCCCGAUCGCGAUGUGAUUGUAGUGCAAACUAACGACUGGGAGACAUUUUCGUUCUAUCCAACCUUGUGUGACGUGUGCAAUGGUCUCGGUUUUAAGAACGUCUUAAGUCUAGUUGGAGUCGGUAAUAUAAUUGAAUAA